CGUCAUCUCUCUUUGCUUUGCAGUGUCAACAUGGCGGCAUCCAUGGCUUCUCAGGCUGCGGCAAGAGGACUGAGGACAGCUACCUCAAAGCACAUACUUCUAGACAAACUCAAGUGCACCUGGUUGAGUCCCAGGAGGUGGCUGAAUCUGCAAGAGUACCAGAGCAAGAAGCUGAUGCAAGAGAGUGGUGUGGCUGUCCAGCGUUUCUAUGUGGCUGACACGGCUUCUGAGGCCCUAGAGGCGGCAAAGAGACUCAACGCCAAGGAGAUUGUGCUGAAAGCUCAGAUUCUGGCCGGUGGCAGAGGCAAGGGUGUGUUCGACAGUGGCCUUAAAGGUGGAGUGCACCUAACUAAGGACCCUGCAGUGGUUGGUGAGCUGGCCAAUAAGAUGCUGGGUUUCAACCUGACUACCAAGCAGACACCUAAAGAUGGAGUGAAAGUGAAAACGGUGAUGGUUGCUGAGGCCCUGGACAUUAGCAGGGAGACCUACUUUGCCAUCUUAAUGGACCGCUCCUGUAAUGGCCCUGUCAUGGUUGGAAGCCCCCAGGGAGGUAUGGAUAUCGAGGAGGUGGCUGCCAGUACCCCAGAACUCAUCUUUAAGGAAGUCAUAGAUAUAUUUGAAGGUGUGCAAGACGACCAGGCGCUUCGCAUGGCAGCUAAUUUGGGAUUCAAAGGACCUCUGCAGAGACAGGCAGCAGAUCAGAUUAAGAGGCUCUAUGAUCUGUUCCUGAAAGUCGACGCCACUCAAGUCGAAGUCAAUCCUCUUGGCGAGACUCCCGAAGGACAAGUGGUUUGCUUUGAUGCCAAGAUCAACUUUGACGACAACGCUGAGUUCCGUCAGAAGGCCGUUUUUGCCAUGGACGACAUGACUGAGAGUGACCCAACAGAAAUGGAGGCGGCCAAGUGGGACCUCAAAUAUAUCGGACUGGAAGGAAACAUUGCCUGUUUUGUGAAUGGAGCCGGCUUGGCCAUGGCCACAUGCGACAUCAUUGACCUGCAUGGAGGAAAGCCAGCUAACUUCCUGGACCUGGGUGGAGGAGUCAAAGAGAGGCAGGUGUAUGAGGCCUUCAAGCUGCUCACUACUGAUCCUAAGGUGGAGGCCAUCCUGGUCAACAUUUUUGGUGGGAUUGUCAACUGUGCAAUCAUCGCCAAUGGCAUCACCAAGGCCUGUCGAGAGCUGAAGCUGAAUGUGCCGUUGGUGGUCAGGCUUGAAGGCACCAACGUCCAUGAGGCCAAGAGGAUUCUGACCGAGAGCGGCCUACCCAUAACAGCGGCAGACAACCUGGAUGACGCCGCCAAGAAAGCAGUGGCCGCCAUCAAGAAAUAGAAAACUAUCAGUGUAACCUCACUGCACUCUUCACACCGUCCGCCCAUCACUAACAUUCAUUACAGCCUCAGGUCAUCACCAUCAGCCUUUUUUGUGUUUUGUUUUUUUUUGUUCUGUUUUUUUUAACACAUGCAGACCUCCAGAACUUCAAGCCUUUGUUCUCGUGGAGCUUUACUUUUUUGUUUAAACACUAGCUUCCAAAUCAUAUUUUCAUUGCCAAUUAAGUAUCCAUACCACAGGUUCUGAGGUGGUGUAUCACCUCAGUGCCUUAUGGAAUUCAAAUUUUACACUCAUCUCCCUCUGCAGUGCAAAUUAGCUGACUUUAACUUCUUUCAUUAUUUUUUCUCUAUUAUAUGCGUUUCAAUUGGGACAGGUCACUCUGUAACUUGAAAAUAAUCGUAUUGUAGAACAUCAUAAAGCUCAAGUGGCCUCUUUCAGAGAUUAGGUCGGGCCAAAAAAUUUGUGCAUUCCAUUUCCCAAGGUGAAAGACAUUGCUCACUCUCUGUAUGUUAUGGCAUUUGUAUGGAAUAUUAAUUUAGAGAGGCCUUUUCCAUUCUCACAUCCAGUCUUGCUGUGAAAUCAUUUAUUGGCAUUCAGCUGAAAUGAAUGGCAGCAGUUAACUUUGGGUCAAACAUCCUGUUUUCGUGGUGACUAUUGUCCAAGGUAGUGGACAUGUAUUAAUCCAUCCAAUGCCUUAUCUGUGUUACAAAUGAGGUGGAUGAAGUACCCAUGCUUUGAAUUUUGUGCAUCAUGUCUUAUUUUUUAAAGUGCUAGUUCACUCUAUGUACAACUGCUUAAAUCUUUGCCUAUUUCAUGAAGGCUAAAGGGUUUUUUUAAACAAUCUUGCAACUCUUGCAGUCCCAGCAAUACUUUCAUACAGAGAUGUUGAGAAUAUAAAAUAUAAUAGUACUUUUUUUAGUAUCAUGAAUGUAUAUUGACAGGGUAUCUUGGAUACAGUGUAAAAACUGUGUAUAUAAUUUGAGAAAUUAAAAACAAGCAUUUCAAGAUAA